AUGCUUCUGGUUUCGGACUACGAUUCAGUACUUUAGACUAGAUUUGGGAGUCAGUUCAUUGAAACUAAGUUUUGUCUAAAUUUCAGAAAGAUGAAUGAUUUUGAUAGAGAGACAUUCAAUAUUCUCAGAUCAUUAGUUUAAAUUCCGAAUUCAUUCAAUUCAGUUAUGAAAUGGACUGAGAUUGCUUAGGAAAUAAAGACGAAAACAAAGGAUGAUUUAAGACAGAUGUGGUAUAAAUUAGGUUUCCAAUGA